GUUCCGAGCUUUGGAAGAGGACAUCAAGAACGGAUCGAGCGAGGCCAAGGAGAAUCUGCGCUUUCUGAACUUUCUGAAGGAGCCGUGUGAGAAGCUGGCUGCUGCCACCCCUCCGGAAAUUCCGGCCAUCUUGCCCGAGCUUCUGAACUACGUGCGAAUGAUCUGGUCCAUCUCCACCCACUACCAGAAGGAGGAUCGAAUUUCGGGUCUCCUCCGAAAGAUGAGCAACGAGAUCAUCAAGCGCUGCCAAGCGACGAUUGACCUUUCCGACAUCUUCGCUGGCAAGGUGGAGACGUCGAUGGUGAAGCUCCAGCAGUGCAUCGACUGCGGGCGCGAGUGGAAGAGGGCCUAUCAGAAGACGGUGCGGCUCCUGUCCAAGAACACCGACAGACCCUGGACGUUCCCAGAAGGCAGCAUCUUUCUGCAGAUCGAUGCCUUCGUCCAGCGCUGCUGCGAUCUCCUUGAAGUGUGCCAGGGGCUGCAGCAGUUCGCAUGUCGAUUUCGUGGUCAGGCCAUGCCAGCCUUCGGCGGUACAAAAGCAGGCGAGAUCAGCAAUUCUAUCUACGAGAUCGAGGACAACUUCCUCAAGAACUUAUCGCGCCUUCAGUUUCCACAUGUAGACUACGACAUCCUGGAUGUUCGUGCGCCCAAGUGGCCAGACCAUUUCGGGGCCUUCAAGAACCAGAUGAGAGAUUUGGAG